GCAAAACUGUUUUUUUGUUAACAUAGGACUUUUCAAAUUUAAUUUUCUGUUUUGCUCAGAAAACAGUAAAUGAUUUUUAAAAUUGGUUAAUGUGUCCAACGGGGAUGGAAACCAAAUCAUUAGCAUGAUUUUGUUUGUUUAUGUUUGUAUGUAGGGAGUACGAUGCUGUACAGAGGAUUAAAGUUGGAAAAACCAGACGUUUUUCCAAGCAGACAUUUGAAUAUUUUCUUGUUUUGGACUUUGAGGCAACCUGUUGGGACAAAGGAGACUACGAUAAGGGGUCAUCUGAAGUAAUAGAGUUUCCCUGUGUGUUAUAUGACGUGAAAAACAAUGAAAUAGUUGAUGAAUUUCAACAAUAUGUUAUGCCUUUUGAAAAACCCAAAUUAAGCCCCUUUUGUACAAAUUUAACAGGCAUUGAGCAGCAUCAAGUAGAAAAUGGAGUACCUUUAAAAACUUGCCUUAUGCUAUUUAAUAAAUGGCUGAAUAAACUUAUAAAAGAACACAAACUGUCUUUUGUAAGACAGGAAAAUCUUAAGUAUACUGGUUUUUGUACUUGGUCAGAUUGGGACCUUGGCACCUGUUUGUUUAGGGAGUGUAAAAGAAAGGGAAUAUAUAGGCCUGAACAUUUCUCCAGAUGGAUAGAUGUUAGAGCCAUUUAUAAGGAUCAUUAUGCAAGAAGACCUCAUGGUCUAUUGGGAGCCUUGACAGAAUUAGGAUUAGAGUUUGAAGGUAGGCAGCAUUGUGGUUUACAUGAUGCAAGAAAUACUGCAAGACUUGUUGGAAGGAUGGUUGAAGAUGGGGUUUAUUUUAAAUUGACCAAGGAUAUUACUGGUAAAAGAUGAUGCUCAGAAAUGAUUAAUAAUUUUAACUGUUCAAUUAUUUUUGUACUUCCAUUUAAAAGACCAAGCUGUUACAUUUAUAAAUAAAAUUAAUCAAUUUAACAUUAUGUAAUUUAUUAGUUAUUCUUUGUUGGAAGUUCAAAACUGAC